CCGCGGGACUCGGCGGACGACGACUCUCUUUGCGAGGUUUUCAUUUGUGUUUUCUGAAUUAUCAUCUGCGUGUUUGGCGUGUUCUAUUUUUUAUUUUGAUUAUUAAUUAUUUUUAGCGUUUCCGUGUUCGGUGAUCGAUCACAACGUGAAGCAAAUCUUUUCAGUUAGUCCACAAUGAUCAGUAGUGAUGUUACAAUUGAGUGUCCAUCCAAAUAUACAACCGUCGAUAAGUAACAAAGCUUAGUAGUUAAUUGAAGAAAGUAAUGCAGUGAAUUUGCAUAUCUAAGGCCGUGCAUAGCUGAACAAAGUCAAUGCUCUUUCUUUCGUUGUGUUGCUGGUUGCUGCUGAUAAUCGAAUACUGCGACUCGAGGAAUAUUGAACAUCAGCAUCAUUGCUCUGAAUGUGAUCAAGUGACCUAGGGAGAUAAUUUCAACGCAAAGUUCGGUUUCCGACUUCUCGUUAAGUCAUGCGGAGUAUUUAACCUACGACCAGUCUGGGCGAGAAUUGCAACAUUGCUAAACGUUUCAAGCCACUGGAGUCAACAACCAUCAGGAGACACAGAAUUUUGCUUUUGGCACUACUUCACGGGUCCGUCAAUCUACAAGGAUAACUUGUGUUUCACUCCUCAUGGUAUCAGUCAACCGCACAGAAUGAGUCGAUAUCACUUUCCGAUCGUCCUGAUGUUUUUAUUAGAGCUGCUACAGCUUGCUCAGACUCACCCGUUCAUCUUUAGCUCAUCAAACCCAAACCAACAACGAUCCCAGAUCGAAUGGCAGCAACCUGAAGAUACAUGGGAUAUACAGUCAGUACCUCGGAGUGUAUUUCCGCUUCUCCAAAACCAACACAACGAACACCGUUUACCACCAACUAGCUACCAAGUUAUCGACUCGGACAAUCAUGAUGAAAAGCUUCUCAAGCGGCUGAUGGAAAUCAGAGAGAAUGCUACCGCUCGAACGCUUUUCUAUCAUAACAAAGAAGAAUCUCACCUACCACCACUACUUACAAAAACUAUAAAAUAUUUUAAGCUACAGCAAGUUGCAUUUGAACUGGAAACAAGUGUCAUGUCUCAGGUUUCUUGCACAGCGUGCAAAGCCGGUGCUGGUUUGCUUCAACACUACAUAAAAUCUGGCAAGAGUAAAGAAGAAAUCAUCAAAACUAUCUACCAGUACUGUGUAAAUCUAAAAAUUCAAUCUCCUCGAGUUUGCGAAGGUGUUAGUCACCUCUUUGGAGGAGAAGUCAUAUACGUUCUGAAACGAGUUACCAUCGGUCCGGAUGAAAUCUGUAGCUUCAUCAUUGGUGACGCUUGUGGAGAUAUCUAUAACCCAUACCAUGAAUGGGAAGUGGACUUCCCACCUGUAGCCAAACCUGAGGUCCGUGAGUUGGCCCUCCCGAAAGAAGCCUCACCCGUGUUUAAGGUACUCCAUCUUUCCGAUACGCACUACGAUCCCUACUAUGCAGAAGGAUCCAACGCUGACUGCAAUGAACCACUGUGCUGUCGACUAACUAAUGGACGACCUACAACUCCCAAUGGUGCUGCUGGUAAAUGGGGAGACUAUCGAAAAUGUGAUACUCCACAGCGAACCGUAGAUCACAUGCUGAACCACAUUGCUGAGACCCACUCAGAUAUUGAUUUCAUUAUCUGGACUGGAGACCUUCCCCCUCACGACGUUUGGAAUCAAACGAAGGAAGAAAAUCUAAAAGUUCUAAAAGAAACUGUGAAGCAGAUGUCGGAGAAGUUUCCCGGUAUACCAAUCUUUCCGGCGCUUGGAAACCAUGAGAGCGCCCCUGUCAAUAGCUUUCCUCCGCCAUAUGUACAACAGGUCGAUAGUUCUAUCGCCUGGUUAUACGAUGAGUUAGACAUACAAUGGCGACGUUGGUUACCAGCCAGCGUAUCGCAUACUGUUCGACGUGGAGCAUUCUAUUCAGUUCUAGUCAGACCAGGCUAUCGCAUUAUUUCCCUCAAUAUGAACUACUGCAAUAAUAAAAAUUGGUGGCUACUACUGAACUCUACCGAUCCUGCCACGGAGCUGCAAUGGUUUAUUUAUGAACUGCAGAGUGCAGAGUUUGCAAACGAGAAAGUACACGUGAUAGGGCAUAUUCCGCCGGGACAUUCUGAUUGUUUAAAAGUUUGGAGUAGGAAUUACUAUAAAAUUGUUUCUCGAUACGAGAGUACCAUUGUUUCACAGUUCUAUGGUCAUACACAUUUUGACGAGUUUGAAGUUUUCUAUGACCCACAUGAUUUGAGUAGAGCUACCAGUAUCGCAUACAUUGGUCCUUCUGUUACACCAUACAAUGAUUUAAAUCCGGGAUACCGGAUUUAUUAUAUCGAUGGCGACCAUGAAGAUACCACGAGACUGGUAGUUGAUCACGAAUCAUGGAUAAUGAAUCUGAAAGAAGCCAACUUGUAUGAUUAUCCGAUCUGGUAUAAAUUGUAUUCUACCCGGGCAGCUUAUGCAAUGCGAGGACUUCGGCCUACUGAUUGGGAUACCUUAAUUCGAAAUAUGACUGAUAGCAAGGAACUGUUUGACUUGUACUAUAAACACUACUGGAAAAAUUCUCCUGUUCGUCCAGAGUGCGAUUACGAAUGUCGAAAACGGAUAUUAUGCGAUGCCAAAAGCGGCCGAAGCCACGACAGGAAAUACUUCUGCGAAGACGUCGAGGCCAAAAUCGACGAGAAUAACAAAGGCUGGAAGGAGUGGAUAUUCAGUUCCAUCACUUCUUCCACAGGGGAAAAUCCUCUUGAAGGUGGUGACGGUCAUACAGCAGAAGCUGAUUCUGAACAGCUACAGAACAUAGUAGCGAUCGCUCAGUUGAAUAAUCGCAACGAACCAAGCGUGCAGCUGGUUAAAGGCUAAAGAGCUUCUCAGCUUUUUUAAAUUUCAUGACGAUUGUGCUACCUUUUUAUUGUAAAUAAUGAUACUAUCCUAUGUGAAUAAAGUUAAAUGUGAAUCAAGCCGAAAUUCUGUCAGUCACAAGCUUACAUCAUUUCAAGAUUUUGGAACAAAAAAGGGGCGUGGUGAAUAUUUGAAAACUAAUCACCUAACAAUUGGACUGUGUAAUGAUUCCAUCGAUUCCACAGGCUAUCAUAUGCACUAUCCGGCUUGACACGGAUUUUUUGGCGCAAACGAUGACACGACGCAACGACCUGUUGAACAGCACCUGAUCAGAUCCGAACAGAUCACAUCACCAACAGAAGGCCAGCAUUACCUCCUAAUUGAUAUUAGAAUCUUGUCUUCAUCAACAAUGCAUCACAGAAACUGUAGUGCCUGAGAUAACUGAUCUAUUCCGAAAUAUAAAAUUUUCAAGUGACAAACAAAACACAAAUAUGCCAUUGAUUAGAAGUGUUCAUUCAUACUCAAUAACAAAUCCGUGAGAUGUUAUUAGAACACCUUACAUGAAUUGUGAUAGACGAGAGUAAAAAACUACUUGAUUAGCAUGAAGAGAGAAAGCUGAAAUAGUUGUGAAUGAUAUAAACCGUAGAACGAAACCGUAACACAAUGUUUUAUCAGUUACAGAAAAGUCAACUAGAAGCAAUGAACGAAUAAAAAAUGUAUAUAAAUCCGUUGAAUUUUACCAAAAUAAAUAAAUUAUUGCUACACUGUAAUAUGUACUUUCACACGACGUAAUGUGUGUAGAAAG